ACCUGCAACCAGCAGGAGUUUAGUGCAGAUGGGCGGCGUUUAAUAUAGUGGAAAGGGCACCAUUCAAUUAGCUGUAUUUACUGCAUUUGUCGGUAUGGGGCUGACCCGAGCGCCAUGGCCAUAUUAAUGUUACAAAGUACAUAAAUGUCUCGGCGGCUGCUUCUAGAGUAGUGAGGCUCGCCUGCUGGCGGUGAACUGGCCUGCCGUCCUGAACGCUGUCUGCAGCGUGUAGAUGCCUGGGCUGAGAUGAGUGUGAAGGCUUUUGAGCUUGUCCCCGCUGUGGAGCGAGAUCUCCUCAUGGGCGACAAGGCUCGCAUCAACAUCGAGUGCAUCGAAUGCUGUGGAAAACACUUGUACUUGGGCACCAAUGACUGCUUCAUCCACCACUUCCUGCUGGACGAGGUCACUUCCUCCAAAGGGAAACUGAGCUACUCUGCUCAGAAGCUGCUGCACAAAUAUCUGGGCCUUAAGAAACCAGUUGCCGAGCUGCGCGCCGCCUCCGCUUUGGAGCGUCUCAUCGUGCUCUGUGAUGGAAUAGUGUUCCUGGUCGACAUGGUGACUCUGGAGACCAUGCCCUCGGGGGCAGGAGGCGGAGCCAAGAUCCGAGGUGUGACGGCGUUCUGCGUCAACGAGAACCCUGUAAACGGCGACCCGUUCUGUGUGGAAAUGGGAGUGCUUUCCUCCAAGCGCCGUACGGUGCAGAUCUACAUGGUGCACGAGGACAGAGUGCAGCUGGUCAAAGAGGUGACCACCCCUGAGCAGCCGUGUGCCGUCAGUGUUGAUGGUUACUUCUUGUGCGUGGCCCUCGCUACACAGUACAUGAUUCUGAACUACAACACGGGAGCCUCCCAAGACCUCUUCCCUUACAACAGUGAGAGGAGGACACCCAUUGUGAAGCGGAUCGGCAGGGAGGAGUUCCUCUUGGCAGCACCUGGUGGUCUGGGAAUGUUUGCCAAUGCAGAAGGGGUGUCUCAGCGGGCUCCAGUCAACUGGUCGGAGAGCGUUAUUGGUGCCGCUGUGUGUUUUCCGUAUGUGGUCGCUUUGGACGAAAGUUUCAUCACCAUCCACAGCAUGUUGGACCAACAGCUAAAACAAACACUUGCAUUCAGGGAUGGACACAUUCUGCAAGACUUUGAAGGAAAGGUCAUUCUGGCUUCCACUAAGGCCGUGUAUAUCCUGGUGCCGCUGCCCCUGGAGAGACAGAUCCAGGACCUGCUGGCCGGUCACAGAGUGGAGGAGGCGCUCCUCCUCACAGAGGGAGCGCAGCAAAAUAUUCCCAAAGACAAGUUCCAGAUUUUGCACAAAAGAAUCCUGCAGCAGGCCGGUUUCAUCCAGUUUGGCCAACUUCAGUUUCUAGAAGCAAAAGAACACUUCAGGAAGGGCCAGCUGGACGUGCGGGAGUUGAUAUCUCUCUACCCGCUGCUGCUGCCAGCGUCCUCUCCGUUCACACGCUGCCAUCCUCCCCUCCAUGAGUUUGCAGAUCUCAACCACUUGGCACAGGGCGACCAGGACAAAGUGCUGCGCUGCAAGAAAUUCCUCAUCAGUUAUCUGGGGGAGGUACGAAGCACAGAGACGGCCAACGGGUGCAGAGAGGACGUGGACACGGCGCUGCUGAAGCUGUAUGCUGAACAGGAUCAUGACAGCCUCCUAGACCUGCUGGCUUCAGACAACGCCUGCCUGUUAGCAGACAGCGUCCCAUGGCUGGAGAAAUACAACAAAUAUUUUGCACUUGGUCUGCUCUAUCGCUGUAACGGUCAGGAUUCCGCAGCGCUUCAGCUGUGGAUUCGAGUUGCAGAUGGGGAUCUGCAGGACUCCACCAGGUCUGACCUCUACGAGUACAUUGUGGACGUUCUCGGCUCCUGCUCCAGCCUGGACCUUGUGUGGAAGUACGCAGACUGGGCCUUACGGAAGGAUCCCACUGUGGGUGUUCACAUCUUUACCAAGAGGCCUGCCAGUAAAGAGCUUCCACAGCUCAACCCUGAUGAUGUAAUCUCUUACCUGGGGAAGCACAGCCAGGCGCUGCUCCUCUACCUGGAGCACCUGGUGCUAGAGAGACGGAUAAAGAAGGAGAAGUUCCACACUCACUUGGCCAUGUUGUACCUGGAGACGGUCUUGUCCCUGUUGUCGAUGUCACCAACAGACGAAGAGAAGAUCUGCAGAGCAAGAGAGAUGCUCCAGGCGCUGCUCAGGGGGUCCAACCUUUACCAUGCGCAGUCGCUUUUGGGUAAGAUGGAGAACUGUGAACAUCUGCUGCUGGAGCGUGCCACUCUAUAUGGGAAGCUGGAGGAGCACGAUAAAGCGCUGCACCUAUUGGUGCACGAGCUGAGAGACUUCCCGUCUGCCGAGGCCUACUGUGUGUGGGCCUCCUCCAGUCGGGAUUCGGCGUACCGACAGCGGCUAUUCCACCUGCUAUUGGGGAUUUACCUCGACGGAAACCCUGCGGGAAACCCGCAGGCUGCAGCGGGGAGUGGAGACCUGGCGAUGGCAGCGGUGGACCUCCUGAAUCGGCACGGCGAGGUGUUUGAUGCCGUGCGCGUCCUGCGCAUGCUGCCCGAGGGCUGGUCACUGCAGCUGCUGCGGCCCUUCCUGGGUCGGGCCAUCAGGGCCAGUGUGCACGCCAGCCGCACCUCCCAGAUCGCCGUGGGGCUGGCGCACUCUGAAAACCUUCAACUGCUGCAUGACAGGUUGAAAGACUGUAAGAAACCAAUCUUUGUGUCGGAGAAGAAAGGAUGCCACCUGUGCCACAACACCUUCAGUGAGCCAGACGUGGUGUGUCUGCCAGGUGGAGUGCCUGUCCACACCCACUGCGUGGCCCAGAGAGUAAGAGACUCUCCCACAAAGAGACAGUUAACUAAUAGCAGUAACCACACGUGACACUUCAAACCUUCAAAUGGCCACGUGAUCUGUGAUCAGAGGCACCAAACAAAAGCAGGACCCGCUCGCGGGGACUGAGGACUGUGGGGAGAACAGAAAGCCCACAACACCCUUUGCCAUAGUGGUGUGCUAUGGAGCUGCUGAGGACACAGACAGCUGUGCGAGUGUGUCAGACUGCAAGUUCUUUCCCGUUCAGGGCUGGCACUGACUUGUAAGAUGACAACGUUUUUUUUUGCAAUUGACAAACUGGACACGGUGCAUUUGCAUUGCUUCCUUCCUGAUAUGGGUGAUAAUUUGCACAUAAAGCAGAGAAUGGUCACUGGAGAUGCAUUUUAAUGGCAGGUGUGAACCGACAAUUUGGAGCUUUCCUCUAUUGAUCAUGUCACCGUCGGCGCAUGUCACUGCCAGGCCUGAACCGGGACUAACAAACAACCGCUUAGUCACCUGCCCCCUUUUCCCCAUAACCCCAUGCUGUUCUUUGGGUUGUACCGAUCAUCACCUCUGCUUCAACCGUUUUUAAAGCAGAACUUGAGAAACUGCUUGAGCUAAAGAAGACAUAUUUGAAACCUGUAUUGUCAAAGCAUUGUAUACGCAUGCAGCGUACUACCACUCUUUAUAGUUCUGAUCUCAUCACCUCCUCUUAUGGCUAUUGUAUUAAUAUUGUCCUAACUGGCACAUUGUGAUGUUGGGCUUUAAUGUGAUCCUACAAAUAUUCAUCAUUACUGAUGGAAAAUAAGUCUUUAUUUGUCUGUCUUUUACUCUGUGGGAUCUGUACUCACUGCUGCUGUAGUGUCCCCUCAGUUAUCAGGGCUCCGGAUGUUUUAUUCACAGUAAUUCAGUUCAACAUUUUGAUCCAAACUUACUUGUCACUGCUGGAGGUGUCGUCUGUGGAGCAAUAUCGGUGUAAGACACUACAUGAGGUCUCACAUAGCUCCUCAUACUGCAUCAAGGACCAAUCACGCUGACUUUUUUUUAAUAUUCUGAUGACACCAAACAAAUGACAUUCAGUGUCAAACUUAAUUUGUAGCUAGGAAGGCCAAUGUAGUUUAUUUUAAUUUUGAAAUACAAUUUGACAUCAGGACGGCCCCUCGGGUCAUUUGUUCCAAUCAUUUUCAAUUUGAACUCAGUGGUUAUUUGGGUAUUUUCCCUCACAGUUAACACAUUGUGAGAUACGAGUAAUUUAGCUGUAUUUUACCUCAAGCUGGCAUCAAUGUGUAACAUGUUUAAAAUAAAUUAAAUAAACUACAGUUGGAACGUGAUGGAAAAUAUAUUAUGGUAUUCGUCCUCACUAUUCUACUAAAUGCCCUCAAUCUCCUUUUUAAAUUAUGGUUUUAAAAAGAAGUGCUUUCUUCAGUCAGUUUGCUAUUAAACUAUCUUUGCAUACUACAUAUUGUGACAGUGUACAGAACUAGCAUGAAAACCUCCAGAUUCAGCAGUCGAAAAAGAGCAGAGUUUUCCAAACAAGCUUAACAAUUUUCUGUCAGAGAAAGAUUUAUUGCAUUGCACCAAACUCCUUCCUUUUUUAAUCAUUGGAGUUACCAAGAACAACACCUUAGCUCUCAUAACUGCCAGAGUGUUAUCUUUAAUUCCUACAUCAUGACAUCAUUCUCAAAAAUGUGUUAUCUCAUGUAGAACUCCUUAAAUUGACGGACCACAAGUUUGUUCUUUAGUGCUUUUCAAAAGUCUGGUAUGAGUAGCUUUACAAAGUGCAGCAAUUGUGUGGUAACCUCUAACAAUCAGGGACAUAUCCCUAAAUGUGUGCUGGGGGGGGGGGGAACUUUGCUAAAGAUAAUUUAUGACAGAAAUGGGAAAACUAAACAUGGUUAUGUAACGCUGCUUAAAUCCUUUCUGGCAUACACUCCUGUCUCUCAUCCUAGAGAUGUGCUACUGUCAGCUUCUUGCUGAAGAUGCUCACUCGGAUUUAUUUUGAUCAGCAGAUGGUAGAAUUGAAUCUUUCUCUUCACACGCUACAAACAAGAUAUUCACUUAAAUCUGUUCUGGUGGGGGGAAAAAGAGGUUGUAUCUGCAAAAUCAAGCCUCCAUUGACUAGAUUUUGCCGUUUUCUGAGUAGAAAAAAUAAAAACAUAACAGAAUUAUGUCUCAGUUGUUUAGUUUGAACUUGUUUAUAUUUGUUCAACCAUUAUACUGCUGUUUGUUUGUUUCCCUGAUGCUGGUGAUAUCUAUGCUUGCCUUCUGUAAUUGCAACACAUCUCUGUGGGAACAAACGUGGGACUAUUUUUCUAACAUGGAGAUCUGAAUGUUGUAGAUUCUGUUGACUUGACUCAUGUGGGAAUUCACAUCUUAUGCACAAAUCAACAGUUUUAGUGUAGCUUGCUUGAAAGGCCUCCUAACCAUGACUUUAAAUAAUUUAAAACAUUACAUUUGUGUAAAAAAAAUACUAUUGUAUUUUAUAACAUGUAUACUAGUAUGUAUAUACUGCAUUUGUACUUGUUUGUUUCUUUCUAAAUCAAUGCCAAUGUGGAUGGUGUACAAACUGUAAAUCCGUCCCAUUUUAAUAAACGUGAAACUAUAUCA